AUGGAGAUCAAAAAUUGUAACCUUCUUGUUCUCAAUGUUUUCCUCUUAUGCAAUGCAAUUUCUUCCGCAGUUUGUGGCCACGAUCAGCACCACCACAAUCACCAUCCCCGGAGCGUAAAGCUUUUCGUAUUUGGUGAUUCGUUUCUUGACACCGGAAACUUCAAUCGCAGUAAAGGUUCAUGGGCUGAACCUUAUGGAAUCACCUUUCCUCGUAAACCUAGCGGUCGAUUUUCCGACGGUCGUGUCAUUACGGAUUAUAUAGCAUCAUAUCUUGGCAUAAAAUCUCCGAUCCCAUACAAAUAUAGGAAAAUAGCGAAUAAAAUACAGGUGCAACGUGGGAUGAAUUUUGCAUAUGGAGGGAGUGGUGUUUAUGAGACUUGGUUCAAGAAUUUUCCAAAAUUGGAAACACAAAUCAAUCAAUAUAAACAACUAUUUCUUGAUGGAUUCUACACCAAACAAGACCUUGCUAAUUCAGUUGUUCUUGUAUCUACCUCUGGCAAUGAUUACUCUGUUUUUCUUCAGAAAAAUGGUACCAUUCAGAAUAUGCAAUCCUUCACAAGAAAACUUGUCAAGCAAAUUGCCAAGAAUCUAAAACAAAUUCAUAAAUUGGGAGUUCGAAAAAUAGCAAUAGCAGGCAUAGGUCCUGCUGGAUGUUUUCCUCAGCAAACUGCUCCAUCGUCUUACAAGAUUUGCAAUGAAAAAUUCAACUUGGCUGCAAAAUUUCACAACCAUUUGCUGAAGCAGGCAGUGAGGAAACUGAACCAUGAGAACAAGAAAUAUACAUUUGUAUAUCUUGAUUUCUAUACCACAUUCUCUCUAGCAAUCAAUCAACACAAACACAACACAGAAAAUACGGAGUACAAGAAUCCGUUGGUGCCAUGUUGCAAGGGAUUGAGCAGCAAAAAUGGAUGUGGUGAGAGAGAUGAAAAGGGGGAAAAGAAGUAUGUAAUAUGCAAGCAUCCUGAAUUAUCAUUUUUUUGGGAUAUAGUUCAUCCUUCUCAGAAUGGUUGGCUUUCUAUUUAUUUAGCUCUACGCCCCACUUUAAAAACACUUCUUCUUUGA